AUGCGAACGAAGGUCAAAGUCAGUGUCUACGGCAUCUUCCUCCUAGGCAUCAUCGAUAUAGCAUUUUCUCUCACGCGCUUUUUGACCAUUCAGCUCGGAGACAGCGAAGACUUUCGUUCUUUCACGAUCAUCGAACUCUGGUGUUCCCUCGACGUGUACAUCGGUCUCGUCAUCUGCUGCAUCCCAGCUCUGCGACCAUAUCUUCAUAGGAAGGGAGUCAACUACAACAUCCAGGAAUCAGGACGUCCUUCCAAGUCGGGCCAUGCGAUACGGCGGACCGGCCAGAGCGGAUUCGAAGAGAUAAUUGAGGGGUCAGGUCUCAGGGGCGAUGUUCAAGAUGAUUCAUGGUCCGGGUCUCAUUCUUGUGAGAUUACAGUGGAUAUGAGUGAUAAAAAGCAAAAUGGAAGCGAUAUCGAGCUGGUGAGUAUCGAGGUUAGUAAGAGCAGCGUAUAG